AUGGGGGAUAACAAUGAUGAGGUUGACAUGAAUGAUGUUGUCGUGGCUCAACCCACCGCCGCUGAUAAAAGAACAGGAGAGAGAGUGGAGGUCAAAAGAAGAGGUAUUCAGGGUGAAUAUGAAAGAGGAGAUCAGGAAAGCCAUGAGGAGUUGCACUAUAUUUCUGAAGUCGAUGGAUUCAGCUAUAAGGAUUUAUACAUCCAUCCAAAUCUCGACCUCCCAGAAGGGUUCAAAGUGCCAAAGUUUAUCAUUUUUAAUGGAACAGGAAAUCCUCUAGCUCAUCUGAAAGUUUAUUGUGAUCAACUCGUGGUAGUUGGCAAAGACGAAGCACUAUUGAUGUGUCUCUUCGGUCGAAGUCUAAGUGGAGAAGCUCUGGAGUGGCUUACAUCACAGGAGCUGAAACAAUGGAAAAGUUGGAAUGCACUCGCAAAGGAUUUCACGGAAAGAUUUGGACAUAACGUAGAAGAUGCUCCAGAUCGCUACUACUUGGAGAAGAUCAAACAGAAGUCUACAGAAAAUUAUCUAGAGUACGCUUUUUGCUGGAGAAAAGAGGCUGCAAGAGUUCAACCUCCCAUGUCCGAACGUGAGAUCACUGAAAUGUUCAUUUGUACUCAAGAGCCUGAGUACUAUGAAAGAAUGGUGUGUAUGAUGGGACAAAAGUUUGUCGAGAUUGCCAAAGUGGGAGAAGCUUUGGAAGAUGGUUUCAAGACUGGAAAGAUCACCAAACUUACCGCAUUGCGAUCUAAUGGAAAAUCUACCAGAAUUAGUGAUAUGGAUAAAUCAAAAGGAAAAAUGGAGGAGGUUUUUGAUAAACGAUUGGAAAUGACUGCAACAAACUCAAAUUCUGCUGAGUUUGUCAAGGAAGACGAGAGUGUCUUUAUUUUUCUUGUGAAUGAAUUAAGUCAUUCGCCUCGAUAUUCUUUCUUUUAA